GUAGGGGCGAGUGCCUGCCAUUUUAACACAUGCACACAUGCAGUAACUAACGGCUACCUGUCCAAAUCUGUCAAGUUACGAGUAGUCGCCGCUUGCUUCAACUUGUCGCUUUGAAAGUGUACAGCACAACAUAACAUCAUAACAUUUGCCGGUCAACGUCCAACACGGCACCCUGCUCUGAGCCAAAACCAGUCAAAUAAAGUGUGGCGUAAAAGACCCGUGGUGGCAAGAAGAUGAACGGGUCCCUGGACCACCCCGAUCAGCCGGACGUGGACGCCAUCAAGAUGUUCGUGGGCCAGAUCCCGCGCUCCUGGUCGGAGGAGCAGCUGCGCGAGCUCUUUGAGCCGUACGGCGCCGUGUACGAGAUCAACGUUCUCAAGGACCGCAGCCAGAACCCGCCGCAGAGCAAAGGCUGCUGUUUCAUCACAUACUACACCCGCAAGUCGGCCUUGGAAGCGCAGAACGCUCUUCACAACAUGAAGAUUCUACCAGGGAUGCACCACCCCAUCCAGAUGAAGCCGGCUGACAGCGAGAAGAAUAACGCCGUGGAGGACAGGAAGCUGUUCAUCGGCAUGAUCUCCAAGAAGUGUACCGAGAACGACAUGCGCUUGAUGUUCUCGCCCUACGGCCAGAUCGAAGAGUGUCGCAUACUUCGGGGCCCCGACGGACUGAGCCGAGGCUGCGCCUUUGUGACCUUCACAGCUAGACAGAUGGCCCAGGCCGCCAUCAAGUCCAUGCACCAGUCCCAGACCAUGGAGGGCUGCUCGUCACCCGUGGUGGUCAAGUUUGCCGACACCCAGAAGGACAAAGAGCAGAAACGCUUGGCGCUUCAACUGCAGCAGCAGAUGCAGCAACUCAGCGCCGCGUCCAUGUGGGGCAACCUGAGCGGGCUGGGAGCUCUGGGCCCGCAGUACCUGGCCAUUUACUUGCAGCUGCUGCAGCAGUCGGCCUCGGCGGGGAACGCACUCGGCAACCCGCACCCCGCUGCAGUGUGCACCUCAGGUCUGAAUGCCAUGCAGAAUUUGGCCGCUUUGGCAGCAGCGACCGCCAGCCAGGCCUCAGGAACCGGCUCGGGCGCCAUGACCGCAUCAAGCAGUCCCCUAAGUGCACUCGCCAGCUCAGGCUCGUCGCCCACCUCCAGCUGCAUGUCGUCCGUCAACCCCGCCGCCGGGUCUCUGGGAACGCUGCAGUCUCUGGCCGCCGGCGCGGGAGCCGGCCUCAACGUGGGCUCGCUCGCAGGAAUGGCCGCUCUGAACGGCAGCCUGGGCUCGGGAGGCCUGUCCAACGGCUCCGGGGGCACCAUGGAGGCGCUGAGUCAGGCUUACUCCGGAAUCCAGCAGUACGCCGCCGCUGCCGCCGCCGCCACCGCGCUGCCGGGACUCUACAACCAAAGCCUGCUGUCGCAGCAGAGCGUCUCGGCCGCGGGCAGCCAAAAGGAAGGUCCGGAAGGCGCCAACCUCUUCAUUUACCACCUGCCUCAAGAGUUCGGCGACCAGGACCUGCUCCAGAUGUUCGCGCCCUUCGGCAACGUCAUCUCGGCCAAGGUCUUCAUUGACAAGCAGACCAACCUCAGCAAGUGUUUUGGCUUCGUGAGUUACGACAACCCGGUGUCGUCGCAGGCCGCCAUCCAGUCCAUGAACGGAUUCCAGAUCGGCAUGAAGCGCCUCAAGGUGCAGCUCAAGCGCUCCAAGAACGACAGCAAGCCCUACUGAAGCCGGGCCGGGCCGGGCCGGGCCGCCUUAGCGCAGGAGCCGCUCGGGUGAGUGCCACGGCAAACGUGCGCUCCCUCCCGUUCAGAUUGGAUUCUUCCCGCCGUCUUCUCCUCUGUGGUUCGUGCAUUUUGUUUUUCCCGCCAGCGAGGACGACAAGCGGCUGUGUUUUCGUUGGAACUCUUUCUUGUUUGCUGUGCUACCUUUGAAGACCUUCCAUUGUUCCCACGUGUUGCACUUGGACAGCUUCAAGUGGUUCAUUUUCCUUCGCUGUUCUCCGCUGGAACCAAUGUCCCAAUCAUCCGGCCAGCGCUCGGUGGCUCCGCCUUGGAGCCCACGCGCGCGUUGGGGAAAAAAAGACGUUCCCUCCUGUUUUGGAAUGCCACCAAUUCACUGCAGGCCCGAUUCUAUUUUAACUUGGGCGCAAGCAAAGUCUCGACGCGCUCCUUGGGCGUGGUGACUUUUUGUAGAGCAGGUGAGGCGCCGGCCUGCCCACGUGUUUACCGAGCCUCUUCUAUUUUUAUAUUUCAGGAAGGUUUUAUACUUCUCCCGUGUGCCGGGAAACUAUUUAUUGGCCGACUUAUUCAUCUGCUGUAUACUUUUCAACCACGGGUUUGUCUCGAGUGGACCUCCUGGCGCGUGCGUCGCAGCGUCACAGCUACGAGUUAGCUCCAUUUCGAAGAGUCACGAGGCUCUCUUCAAUCAUUCGUCUCAUCGCUGGUGGGAGGGAGGGAGCCAUCAAGGUCCACACCCAAAAGGAGACACAAUGUUAUGACACGUACUGUGUCGUAACCGUACGAGAAUAAGUUGCUAUUUUGUGAGCGUAAAUAUGACCUGCCUGUGCAUGUGGUGAAAUAACACCACCUGUUUGUUCAUGGACUCUUAGUUUUUGGACGCCGUUUUUUUUUGGUUUUCGUUUUUAAACCACAGUGUGCGUGUGUUGUGCUGUUUUUUAUUUUGGUCACGUCCACACGCACCCCGGACCAUCAGCGACUCCCACGUGUGCUGUGCUGUGUUUCUGGAAGACUGUAUCAUGUGACGUCAUCAUCUAGUCCCCACCCAGAUGGGAGGUUUACACCGAGUGUCUUUGCCUUUCUUGGCCGGCCGGUCGGCCGGGCCGUCCCUAGAUCCAACCGCCAGCCCACGUUUUCCUCAAAUCCAGAAGCUUUUUGGGGACACUCGCGUGGCGUGGCGUGGCGUGGCGCUCGCUGGCUGGCUGGCUGGCUCGGCCGGCCCCGCCAAGUUGUUGCGCUUUUGCGUGUCUUGACACAUGUGUGAAGCAAGUUUUCCUUGUGGCCACAGUAUAGUUGAAAGCAAAGCCCAGCUGAGCACCUGGCGCGGAACGACGCCACGUCUCGUUUGACACGCUUGCUCCGUUUUCAGGGUGCAUCUUUUUAUAUCUGCACUGAGAUUCUCCACAAACGUGUCAAUUGAUAUGUGUUCACUGCUGGAAAAUGACAAAUAAACGGAUUCCAAGCGUUCAGCUCAA